GGGCUCUAUUACACCAUCGUGCAGCGACCCUUCGAUCAGAUUCCGCAGUCUUUCGGCGUACGUUGGUAGACAGACAGCUAAACAGCUAGUGUGUGUGUGUGUGUGCAGGUUGUGUCCCUUUGGGUGCAACGUCUUUGGGGAAACUGUGCAAAAGCAACCCCUUCCCGACAGCCGCCACCAAAGUUGUGUUUCGCCACACCUCGGCAAAGAUUAUGGCAGUGCAGUGUCGCCUUGACGCCGGUGCAUUUUAGUCAUGGCCUUCCAGAGCUAUCAGAGCUCCUCGAAUCCGGUGCUGCAGCGGGAACGGCUCGGUUACUAUGGCGAGCGAGACGGUGCGUACGGUGCGAGCUCCCGCAAGCUGUCCCUGUUCUUUGCCACCCUGUGCGUGGUCGACCUGUUCGGUGUGUUCCCGAUCGUGGCGCUGCCGAAAUCCAUCAUCUCCUGCGGGCUGUACGGGGUGCCGCUGGUGCUGUUCGUCAUUACGCUGCAGAUCUACACGGCGGUCGUGCUGGGCCGCUGCUGGACGAUAGCGGAGCGGCUAGACCCGUCGAUAGUGGCCAAGAAUCGGUACCCGUACGCGGCAAUCGCCGAGUUCACGUACGGCAAGCGCAUGAGCGUGUUCGUGACGGUGCUGCUCGAUCUGACCGUGUUCGGUGGUGGGAUACCGAACCUGCUGGUGGCCGCACAGAAUUUGCAGCUGCUGGGGGCGCGCGUUAGUGACGGAUCGUUGGAACUGUCGUUCUGCUACUGGCUGCUCCUUAUUGGGCUGUUUCUCUGUCCGAUCAUGUGGCUGGGGAGUCCGAAAAAUAUGCGCACCCUGGCGAGCGUUUCGGUCGUGGUGUGCAGCAGUGUGGCCAUCCUGACCUGGAUCUCGAUCGGGGAGGACCGGUCGGGGUCGGGUGGGUGGACCCCGUUCCGGGACAUUACGCUCGGGCUGCCGCCGUUCGUGCAGCUGCUGAAGGCGUACGGUAUCAUUGCGUUUCAGUUCGACAUCCAUCCGAUGCUGCUGACGAUACAGGUGGACAUGCAGCACAAGCGGCACAUCGGGAAGGCGGUACUGUUUGGCAUCCUUACGACCUGCAGCCUGUCCGCGGUCACCACGCUGCUGACCGCGUACCGUUAUGGGAUGGAUGUGCCGAACAAUGUGCUGCAGAUACUGCCUAGAAGCUGGUCACUGUACCUGACCAUACUGCUGGUGACGCUGCAGCUGUGCCUGUCGAGUGCGGUGGGGAAUUCGGCACUGUUUCAACACAUCGAGGAUGUGCUGGGUGCCUCGAGAGAUUUUACCAUCAAAAGAUGCAUCAUACGGUCGACGCUCGUGUGGUUGGGCGUUUUGAUAGCGGAAAUCUUACCCCGGUUCGAUCUGGUAAUGGGCAUCAUCGGUGGCACGCUGACCGGUCCGCUCAUCUUCAUACUGCCGCCCCUGUUCUACCAGCGCAUGCUGGAGCUGGAGAAGCUGUACAGCCAGGAGCUGAAGCGUUCGUACUCCACCGAAUCGUCCCAGGUUUCGGAAGAUCCGCUCGACGAUUCGGACACCGAUACGCUCGGCGAGACGCGCCACACCUGGUACGGGUCGAUCGGUUCGAAUGGCUCGUCCAUGUCGAUGGUGAUGGUGCGGGACACGGCCCGGAAGUGGGUGGCGUCGCUGAGCGUUCGCUGCACCGAGCUGUGCCGCUUCAUGUACAGCGACUGUAUUCUGGCCGGCUCGGUAAUUGUGUUCGGGAUAGCGGCCACGCUGGCGUCCACGUACUACAACAUGUUCGAUGCGCGUGAUACGCAGCGCUGGUUUUCGUGUCUCAGUGCGUGGCGUCGCUGAGCAGACGAGGUGGUGGUGUAUAUAUUCCGUAACAUUUGGAGCACAUUGCAAUUGAGAUGUGUUUAGAGAAAGAAAAUGGAGAUUUUAUUCUGUGACACGAGACAUCUGGCCUUCUGGCGGACUCAUCUCCAUGUUGCGCUGGAAGAGGUUCAGGUUCAAUAGUAUUCUUAUCAGUAUAACCAAUAACCAUCUCAAUAAAUAGAUUUUGUUUGUGUCAUAUA